CUCCACCUUAAUAUGAUCCUGUGUCUGACCCACAUAUUUGCUAGUUAACAUGUGGGGCGAUACUUAACAGCAUUCUACCUUUGAACUUCUCUGCCCUCCCCCUGUAUUUUUAUUUCUCCUGUUCAAUCCCAGCUCUCUGUGGGGCUAUGCUGCACCCCCCAGACCUCUCCCCCCAUCUUCACGAUGCCUGCAGGAAACCUCAAAUCCUUCAAACCCAGCAAGUACAUCCCUGUGGCUGCAGCAACAGUCUUUCUGGUGGGGUCAACAACGCUGUUCUUUACCUUCACAUGCCCCUGGCUUAGUGAGGAGGUUUCCCCUGUUCUUCCUGCGUAUAACGCUGUCAUGUUUCUCUUUGUAUUGGCCAAUUUCAGUAUGGCCACAUUUAUGGACCCAGGAAUCUUCCCGCGAGCGGAAGAGGAUGAAGAUAAAGAGGAUGACUUCCGUGCACCGUUAUAUAAGACGGUGGAAGUAAGGGGGGUACAGGUUCGCAUGAAGUGGUGCUCAACGUGCCGUUUCUAUAGACCUCCCCGCUGCUCGCACUGCAGUGUUUGUGACAACUGUGUGGAGGAGUUUGACCACCAUUGCCCCUGGGUAAACAACUGCAUUGGGCGCAGGAAUUACCGUUACUUCUUCCUGUUCCUGGUGUCUCUUACAUUGCACAUUGUCAGUGUGUUCAUCUGUGGCCUCUUCUACACACUGGGGCAUUCUGACCAGCUGCGUGACAUCCCGGCAGCUGUCACUAUCUCUGUGAUGUGUGUGGCCGGAUUGUUUUUCUUCCCUGUAGCUGGUCUCACUGGCUUUCACAUCGUGCUGGUGUCCAGAGGUCGCACCACAAAUGAACAGGUCACUGGCAAGUUCCGUGGAGGCGUGAAUCCUUUUAGCGAUGGAUGUUGUCGAAAUGUGAGCCAUGUACUGUGCAGUUCACCGCCACCCAGGUACCUGAAGCGCAGCCACUCUCACUCUGUGGUUUCAGUGUCUCCUCCAUUUAUUCACCCAGAGGUGUCUGAAAAUCAAAUUGGCCUUAAAAUUUUGGAUAAUGGUGUGCAAAGCCCCCCUCAACACUAUCAGUCUAGAAGCAGUUUAGAAUUGACAGAGUCUCAAUCGGCAGAUGCUGAGCCACCACCGCCUCCAAAACCUGACUUAAGUAGGUACACAGGACUGAGGGCACAGCUAAGCCUGGGGGAAAGAGAAGAGAGUGCUCUUUUAAAUACAGAAACCCCCCUUACUCCCACCAUGUACCGAUAUCGUCCUGGCUACAGUGGUGGAGGGAGUGUACCCCCAUCUGGAGCCAAGGCUUCUCGAGUAGACGGCCUUCAAGACUCUCCUAUACCUACAUCAGAUCUGUCCAGACCCCCAAGCUCUCGUUCAGAACCUAGUCUGGAGCCAGAUUCCUCGUCUCACCCCCCUCCUGCCCGCUCCUCCAGUCUACGGUCUGCAACAGGUGCUCCUGGACCUCUGCCAUCUCUUCCUUCUGAAGGGACAACAUCCACCUCCUACAAGAGUCUAAAUCAAACACAGAACGGGAGCCUGUCGUACCAGAGCUUGCUUAGUCCUUCAGAUGAGACGGAUCCAGAGACAGCUGGAUACUCGUCUCCCUACAUGUCAGCCAGGGAACGACCCCGCCCAGCCUGCCCCCCACCUAUUGCUCCCCGUUAUGGCAAGCCACGAAUUAAUCACCACCGAAGUGGGGACACAGAUGCAGCUGCUCUCCCCCUGCUGACACUAAAGGAUCAGUCUUCUGUGAAGUCUACACACUCUCGUAGUAAUGGCCAGAUUGCUGCCUCUCCUCCGGUUAGCCCAUCACGUCCGGCAGGUGUAAAGACUGUAUCAGGUGUCGGAGGAACUACGUAUGAAAUCUCAGUAUGAGAGCAAGAGGAAUCUGACGCACACACACAAACUGUCAGAAAACCACAGCGCACCAGCGUGGGCAUCAGAGAUGGCCAGUGCUGGCGCUCUCCUGUCUGGCCCCAGUCACCUGUGGUAUCUUGGAGAUUUCGUUAUAUAAUUUUUUUUUUAAAGUUUUUAUUCAGAUUUUAUCCCCUUUCUGUCCACAUAAAUAAGAGCCACCAAUAACAGUCUAUAUUUAGGUGGUUUCACAGGGGGGAUUUGUCUCAAGUAUGGAUGUUCUUUUGUGGUCUUUCUGGGGUGUCGUCUGUCAAUAUAUCGGGUAUUGACAGAUCAGUGAUUUCCUCUUCCGCAGUGUUUUUUCAUUUUUUAUCUGCAGCCACCAGUGGUCCUUUGACACCCUCUGUUUCCUGUGGUCAUGGCAGAGAAUGUUUUUACAAAAUUGAAUAAUGGUGACAUCUUGUGACUACUUGGGGAAGUAGGAAGUGGUUUUCCUCUGUAUGAUUUGUGGAUAGAAGGGGGCACUUCUCUUUUUAAUGUUUAUAUUUUUUUAAAUGUAUCUUUAUCCAAGAGGGGAAUGAUCUGCACAAAUGUUUAAAUACAUGUGUCUGUGUGUGUAAUAUAUAUAUAUAUAUAUAUAUAUAUAUAUAUAUAUAUAUAUAUUUAUUACACACACAUACACAUAUAUAUAUAAUUUUACAGUUGGGGAGCAGGCAAUAAAUAACCCCCUCCACCUCCCCUGACGACAGUUCAUUGAGGGAAGGGUGCCUUCAUAUUUUUUAUUUCAUUUAAAAAAUGAAUAAAACGAAGACCGAAA